CACAGUUCAUUCACUUUCUCAAUAUGCAAAUUCUUAAUUAUGCCCGUUAUGGCUGCAUUUGCACAGUUUGCCCUCCCUGCAAAACCCUAAACCGUGGACACCUCCAUCAGAUCAGACACCAAAAUGCGUAUUUUCAUUUCCUUCAUUCUCCUUAAAUUCAAUACCAAAACCCUAAAAUCUGUACAAUCCACUCCCUACAACCUCACUUUCACGAAGUCAAUGUCCCAGUCCACUUCCAUUCCCAGAAAGCAGCAGCGAGUGCGCGACCAUGGCUACGACAAUUACAUGGAAAUCGAGAAGAAAACCCGCAAGGUCCUCAAGUUUCAGGCCCUAAUUCUAUCCCAAAUCAACCAAACUGUACCAAUUUCUCGCCUUGACAAUCUCGCUCGCCGCCUCGGUUUUAAACUGUACGAGGCCGGCUCUUUUGUAUUGAAAUUCCCCCACGUCUUCGAAGUCUAUGAGCAUCCUGUUCAACGGAUCCUCUACUGUCGUUUAACCCGCAAAGCCCUUCUUCAAAUUCAACAAGAAAAGGAAGCCUUGAUUGCCCAGAUACCCGAUGCUGUCACCCGCUUAAGGAAACUGAUAAUGAUGUCGAACACUGGUCGGCUGCGAUUGGAGCAUGUAAGGAUUGCCAGGUCUGAAUUUGGAUUGCCUGAUGAUUUUGAGUACUCGGUUGUUCUUAAAAAUCCUCAGUGUUUCAGACUAAUAGAUGCUGAUGAAACGAGGAAUAAGUAUAUAGAGAUUGUUGACAGAGACCCCAAAUUAACUGUUUGCGCAAUAGAGAAAGCUAGGGAGAGAGAGUACAGGGAGAAAGGGAUGAAUGCUGAGGAUAUUCGGUUUUCUUUUAUCAUCAAUUUUCCUCCGGGGUUUAAGAUAGGAAAGUAUUACAGGAUUGCAGUGUGGAAAUGGCAAAGAACACCUUAUUGGUCACCUUAUGAGGAUAUUUCUGGAUAUGAUUUGAGGUCAAUUGAGGCUCAAAAGAGGUUGGAGAAGAGAGCAGUAGCAUCUAUUCAUGAAUUGUUAUCAUUGACAGUGGAGAAGAAAAUCACACUGGAGAGGAUAGCACAUUUUAGAAUGGCUAUGAAUUUGCCUAACAAGUUGAAGGAAUUUUGCCUUCAGCAUCAGGGGAUAUUUUAUGUCUCAACGAGAGGGAAUCACGGUAAGCUGCAUACAGUGUUUCUUAGGGAGGCUUAUAAGAAAGGGGAAUUGGUAGAGCCAAAUGAUUUGUAUUUAGCGAGGAGGAAGUUGGGUGAGUUAGUUUUGAUGAGUCCAAGGAAGGCAAAAGUGGAUGCAGAGUUGGUUAGCUAUAGAAGGGAUAGAGAAGGUGAUGAAUUGGAGCAACGUGGAAGAGACUACGUGGAAAAUAAUUUUGAGGCUAGCAAGGAUGUGCAAGAUGGAGAGUAUGAGGAUGAUUUGAACUCAGACUUGGACAGCGAUGUUGGCACUGAUUAUACUGAUGAUGAUGAUAAUGUCCUUGACACUCCGAAUUCGGAGAAUAUUCAUGUAGCAAAGCCGAUAAGAUAAGAUUAGUGAUAAGAGAUAUAAUUGAGCAUUUGUAGUUCUUGUAAAUGAACUAUUUGUAAUUAUUCAAGAAUUUAAUAUGCCACUGACGUUUUGGGUGGAAGAAUGGACCUUUCUUGAUUGUACAGGAGACGGAAGAACAAAGGCCUCAUGUUAUUGAAGGUUGAAUGUUGGUGCUUCAAGUGACGGUUGAAGACUCUUUAGAGUAGAAGAGUUCUGAUAGCUGUUGAAACCUUAAUGUCACAGCCAUUUUUACCAGAAGGUUGAAUGUUGGUGCUACGCUGAAUUUUGGCAGAUUGUGGGUUGAGAACACUAGGACAGUGACAUGAAGGAGUUGAAGUUUAACUUUUGAUAUUUGUUGAUUUAUUGUUUUUACACCUAGUCAACAUUCUGGUAAGAAGAAUGAACUACUACAGCCGGACAUGGACAUGUUUGAUCAGUUUUAAAUUGAUGGUCAUUACAUUGUUGGUUA